AUGAGCUGGAAGGCGCGCUGGGGCGCCACCCCAGAGCGGCCGCCGCCCCCCCGCGACGCGGACCGGGCGACGCCGCCGACCCCUCCGUCGCCCCCUCCGUCGCCGAAGCCGCCCCCGGCCUCCUCCUCCGCCGCCGCGUCGGUAUCGGUGCCCGGCGGCGGCCUGUUCUCCUGGCUGCGCGAGCGGCGGUUGGGCCGGGCGGGCUGCUUCGUGGAGCCGGCCAGGGACGCCUUCCGGGCCAUGACCGGCCUCUACGGCGCCAUCCAGCCCGCCGACUCGGUGUCGCCCAUCACCCGCACGCACGGGGCCGUCUUCAACCUGGAGUACUCGCCCGGCGGGUCAGUGUUGACUGUUGCUUGUGAACAAACAGAAGUCCUGCUUUUUGAUCCCAUAUCUUCAAAGCACAUCAAAACUCUCUCAGAUGCCCAUGAGGAUUGUGUAAAUAAUAUCAGGUUUCUCGAUAACAGGCUGUUUGCCACUUGCUCCGAUGACACAACAAUCGCCCUUUGGGAUCUGAGGAAGCUAGACACCAAAGUGUGCACUUUGCAUGGUCACACCAGCUGGGUCAAGAACAUCGAAUACGACACGAACACGAGGUUGCUCGUAACUUCGGGGUUUGAUGGAAAUGUUAUAAUUUGGGACACCAACAGGUGCACAGAAGACGGCUGUCCUCACAAGAAGUUCUUUCACACCCGGUUUCUCAUGCGCAUGAGGUUGACGCCCGACUGCUCCAAAAUGUUGAUCUCGACCUCUUCUGGCUAUCUCCUGAUUUUGCACGACCUCGACCUAACCAAAUCGUUAGAGGUGGUCAGUUAUCCCAUUUUAAGAGCCAGGAGAACCACAUCCAGUUCUGAUCUGGCGUCUUCCACCUCUUCCGGGCCGAGAAGCGCUGGAUCUCCCUGUCAGCAGGGUGACUCAAGCCCGCUGUCAGAGAAGCACAUGGUACGAGCCACCCAGCGAGAAGGUGGAUCGCCACGCAAUAGCCUUGAGGUUUUAACCCCAGAGGUUCCCGGCGAGAGAGAUCGGGGGAACUGCAUCACGUCUCUGCAGCUCCAUCCCAAAGGAUGGGCGACGCUUCUUCGGUGCUCGAGUAACACAGAUGACCAGGAGUGGACAUGUGUCUAUGAAUUCCAAGAAGGCACGCCCAUGCGGCCGGUCUCCCCUCGCUGUUCCCUCCGAUUGACUCAUUGCAUCGAGGAAGCCAACGUCGGCCGGGGCUACAUCAAAGAACUCUGCUUCAGCCCCGAUGGCCGGAUGAUCUCCUCUCCACACGGCUACGGGAUCCGCCUGCUGGGCUUCGACACCCAGUGCAGCGAACUCAUUGACUGCUUGCCCAAAGACGCGGCCCCCUUGCAAGAGAUCCGCUCGCUCUACUCCCACAACGACGUGGUCCUGACCACCAAGUUCUCUCCGACUCACUGUCAGAUCGCCUCUGGGUGCCUUAGCGGUCGCGUUUCUUUAUAUCAGCCAAAGUUCUAGGCGCCUCUCGCCUCGAAAGGAACAUCCGAUGUUUUGG